CACUCAGACCUGGAAAAGGCCAUCAACACUUUGGUCACAAAGUUCCAUGCCGCUGCGGCCAAUAAAGGUCCAACGCUCCAAACCGAAGAGUUGAAAGGCCUCCUCGCCUCCCAGCUGCCCAACUUAGUCAAGGUAUGUAAGCUGCAACGGUCGGCUACAUUGCCACCGCCCUCCCCGGCCACACCUGCCAUUGAUUCUACCAGUAGGGCGUGAAUAUGACUCUUACUACCUCCCCCACUCAACCACACACAUACAGAACACACCACCUCCUAUAACUCCCAAACAAACACUCAGAAAAAGCCUGUAGGCGUCGGUUGCCGGGUUGGAUGCAAAUCCAACAUUUGCUGUAAUCUACUGUGCACUCAGUCACCAAUUGAGUUUUAAACAUGUUAGCACAUAUCAUGAGCACCUACGCUGGAUUGUAAGCUAUCUGGGUGUCCAUGAUUUAAAGGCCCAAUGCAGCCAUAUUUUCUCUCAAUAUCAAAUCAUUUCUGGGUAACAAUUAAGCACUUUACUGUUUGUUUUUUCUUGAAUUAAAAUAGUCAAAAAUAAACAAAAAUAGCUUUUUAGCAAAGGACAAUUUCUCAAGCAAGAAUUUUGCUAGGACUGUCUGAGUGAGGGGCCUAAUUGGACGACCCUAAUGAGAGGGAUAUAUAACCUGAAAACUAGAUGUUAUUGGCAGAGAGGUUUAAAAUCCUUUGUUAUUGGUCUAUUAACUUAUACCGCCCGGUCGCCAGGCAGGCCAAACUCCAUCCCACCAAAACAGGCUGAAAUUUCAGGAAGUCUUUUCAAACAGCUCUUACACUAAAACGGCAUUAUCAUAAUUUUUACAAUUUCACAGUAUUAUUCCAACCUCAUAAUGUGGAAAUGUACACUGACUGUACAGAACAUGAACACCUGCUCUUUCCAUGACAUAGACUGACCAGGUGAGUCCAGGUGAAGCUAUGAUCCCUUAUUGAUAUAACGUGUUAAAUCCACUUCAAUCAGUGUAGAUGAAGGGGAGGUAUUUUGGUAUUUUAUUAGGAUCCCCAUUAGCUGUUGCAAAAGCAGCAGCUACUCAUCCUGGUGUCCAAACAAAACAUGAAACAUGACAUAAUACAGAACAUUUAUAGACAAGAACAGCUCAAGGACAGAACUACAUACAGAGACAGGUUAAAUAAGGAUUUUUAAGCCUUGAGACAAUUGAGACAUGGAUUGUGUAUGUGUGCCAUUCAGAUUGUGAAUGGGCAAGACAAAAGAUUGAAGUGCCUUUGAACGGUGUAUGGUAGUACGUUCCAGGUGCACCAGUUUGUUUCAAGAACUGCAACGCUGCUGGGUUUUUCACACUCAGCAGUUUCCCGUAUGUAUCAAGAAUGGUCCACCACCCAAAUGAAUCCAGCCAACUUGACACAGUUGUGGGAAGCAUUGGAGCCAACAUGGGCCAGCAUCACUGUGGAACGCUUUCGACACCUUAUAGAGUCCAUGCCCCGACGAAUUGUGCAACUCAAUAUUAGGCUAUUGUUCUUAGUGUUUUGUACACUCAGUGUAUAUAAAACACAAGAAAAUCACAUUUUUGACUGCACUAGCCCUUUAAAGUUAAACGUGUUGCUAGGAACUGAAUCUGACACAUGCUUUAUUUGACAUUAAAAAGGCCAAAGUAUCUUCAUGUUGGAACUGGCUGCUUAGUUGUCUGAGGCCUAAGGCGGUUUUCCAGGACGAGUCUGAAUCUACCAGAGGGUGACAAAGAUAGCUAUGCUUCUGAAAAACAGGAAAAGGUCAGUUUAAAUAUAUGAACAAGUGAUGAAGGUUUAAGGUUGUUCUCUCAUCUGGAGGGUGAUUAAACGAUCUGACAGAGAAGUAAAUAACCGUUUUCCUUAUGAACAGAGCAGAACAACUGUAGGCCUAAUCUGAAUAUGACUCCUUGCACCAAGUCGACUUCAUCCACCACUCGACAACCAAGUAGAGUAUUUCUGCUACACAAUAGUUAGCCACAACAGCUAGGACAUACAGUCAGGUCGAGUGGCCAAAGAGCUCUAUUUUCAUGUCAUCCAACAAAUGUAAACACCUGGAGUUUGUUAAAACGGUAUUGGCACUUGGAUUGGAACCGGUGCUAUGGUCAGAUGACAUGGAAAUAGAGCUCUUUGGACACGCACACCAGUGGUGUGUUUGGCGUCAAAAGAAUGCAUAAGCAGAAAAUAACCCCAUACCAACUGUAAAAUAUGGUAGUGGAUCUUUGAUGUUAUGGGUCAAUUUUGCAUCCACUGGUCCUGGGGCCCUUGUUAAGGUCAACGGCAUCAUCAACUUUACCCAGUACCAUGACAUUUUAGCCAAAAACCUGGUUGCCUCUGCCAGGAGGCUGAAACUUAGAGACAAUAACCCCAAGCACACAUCAAAAUCCACAAAGAAAUGGUUAAUUGAUCACAUUGUUUUUUUGUUUUUUUGACCACAAGAUCAACAUUUUGCAAUGGCCAUCUUAGUGUCCGGACUUGAACCCCAUUGAACACCUGUGGUUUGAAAUGAAGUGGGCAGUCCAUAAGGGCAGACGCCAGAUGUCCUGGAUCUGGAAAGAUUCUCCAAUCUCAUUAAACAUUUUAGAAAAAGGCUCAGUGCCCUUAUCCUCGCAAGGGAAGGUAUUGAAAACAGGGGUGCCAAUCAUUUUGACCCCUAUGUUUUUGAGAAGAAAACAAUUACUUCUUAAACAAAAUCUAUUUCUCUGAGCAGCUGUAUUAGUAUAAAAUAAUAUAAUUUUCCUUUUUUUUUUGCAUAUAAUAUAGCUCAGUAUUUGUAUUAUUUAUCUUGUUUAUUUUUGCUCAUCUUUAUCAAGGGUGCCAAUAAUUUUGGACCUGACUGUAUUUGUUCAUUUGUUGUGAAAGGUAAAUUAGGUUAACGGGAAGGGGCACAAUACACAACUGUUGAAGUGAAUAAUAUGCUUAAAUACCAAGUCCAUAUGUUUUUCAUUACGUCCAGUCUUAGACAUAUAUAAAACCAGAGUCUAUUUCAAAGGAACAGGAAUGAUCACAUCAUUUAAAUGGGAUUCCAGCAAACAGCUCUUUAUAUUGUCUCAGCUGUGGACCAGCGUUCAGGACAGGAAAUAUUUUCCCAAAUUAAUUUCCUAUUGUUUCCAGCAGACAGGAAGAUCCACUGUGUUUGCAUCUGCCUGGCUGGCAGCUUUAUCAAAUUUCAGAAUGAUCAUAGAUAAGACUGGCUACCCAGAUACUGCUAUUGGUUACAUCUAGAUUACCAAACAAAGAAACGGUUGCUAUAUGAAAAUAUCCAUACAAAUUAAAACGUUCCUAGAAAAAUCUAUGACCACUAGAGGGUAGCAAAGCCUGAAACAUAUGACACAGUUAAUUGACAAAGUACACACUUGCGCUGAAUACCAAAUCACUCCCUUCCCCUCGCCCCUCCAUUUGAGCAUUCACCCACACUUCCGCCAUAUGCACAAGUGUCCCAAAGCUAAGGGAGUGAAAAUGAUGGAGGGUAGAGGCUAAUUAUACCCUUUGAUAGCCACUUCCACUGAGCCAGCAAAGCUGCCGGAAUCAGAGCAAAGUGGAAUCCCAUAAGGCACCGAGUUAUUUUGGAGUUAUUUUUUAGGCAAAAUGUGUAGAAUUUAAAACUGCAACAUUUUCUCUCAGCCUCAUGGCAAAAUUUGUAGAAAAGCAGCAAAUCUGCAUUAAAACAGCUAAUUGUGUUCUCUUUCCCAUGGAAAAAUUUGUAGAAUUGCAGGAAAUUUUCUUUUAAACUGAAAAAUUAUAUUUCAGCCUCAUGACAAAAUGUGUAGAAUAGCAUUAUAAAACUGCAACAUUUUAUCUCUGACCCAUGGGGGGGUUGGUGGGCCCCCUGGAAGUAGGUACCCCAGCACCCCAAAUGCGGUAGUCCAGCUCUAAUUGGUAAAAUACUGUAGGAAUUGCAAUUCGUAACAUUUCAUACGAAUUGGAUGAUGGACAUCCACAAAUGAAUACAUACAGUUCCAUACGAAACGUAACAUAUCAUACUAGAUGGAGGGAGAAAAAUGUAUGUUUACUAUGUUACGUUUACCCCUGAGUCCAGGUCGAUACAGCUGCAUACAGUACAGUUGAAGAGUGGCCAAUAUUGGAUUAUGAAGUCAAACAUAAUUACUGCGCUGAGGAUAUCAGUAGUACUGUUGUGAAUAUAGCCUACCGAGUAAUGUAGGCAACAAUGUUAUACGCUCAAAAGUGUAAUAGACUAAUUGAUAACUUCCUGCUAACACAUGUCUAUGCAUGAUUAUUUUAUUUCUUAUAACCUGUCCAUUAGUGCUUAUUAAGUGAUAAAUACCGUGUCCAUAUAGUGAAGAGUUGUUUUUGUGCUCCCUCCCUCCCCCAGACUGGAGGCUCAAAGCAGGGCCUGGGCGAGGUGAUGAAACAGAUGGGUGUGUCAGACGGUGAGGAAAUCACCUUCAAGCACUUCUGGAGCUUGAUCCAGUCGCUGGCUACCACGCAGCAUGAUCUUCUCAGUACUCGCAGUUGGUGUUUGUUGAUGUGA